GAACGGGAAGCACUAGGGAAGACCUUUAUUUGCCCGGGCGUCGGACUUCUGGAGUCAGCUUGGAGGUCGUGGUGGGAGGAGUCGUGUCUCCACCUCCUAGCGUGCUGUUCGCACAGUUACCUGGGCAGUAUUUUAUUUUUGCCUUGUCGCUUCGGUUUUCCUUUCGUGCGGGGCUGAGAAUCUGGGCAGAGGCUGGCAAUGAUUCCCCCGGCUGUGCAGAACCUUCGGGAGGUGAUGAAGUUCAUCAAGGAUACGCGAGGCUUUGAUAGAGUUUUAGAAAAGGUUACGAUUCUUUCUACAAGCCCUGGAAAGGUGGUUUGUGAAAUGAAAGUUGGAGAAGAACAUACCAAUAGGUUCGGCACUCUACAUGGUGGUUUAACAGCAACUCUGGUAGACGUUAUAUCUGCAAUUGCUUUGAUGAACACAGAAAGGGGAAUACUUGGAGUCAGUGUGGACAUGAACAUAACGUACUUGUCCCCGGCUAAGGUAGGAGAAGAAAUAUUGAUUGCUGCUCACAUUCUGAAGAAAGGAAAAACUCUUGCCUUUGCAAGUGUGGACCUGACAAACAAGACCACAGGAAAGUUGGUAGCACAAGGUAGACAUACAAAACACCUAGGAAGCUAAAAGCACAAUUUCUUUAAAGCUGUUCAAGAAGCAAUCAUGAUUACAUUGUAUUUAUAUUUGAAGUAACUUUAAAAAUAAACAAUUUUAGUUGUGAAAUUCA